AUGUCUGGUGCAGCCAGACGUCGUGGUGUUGGACGUGCCGGUGGUGGCAAUGAAGGAUCUUCUGAGUCUUCAUCUCGCCGCGGUACCGGUCGACAAUUCCCUGGUGGUUUCGAUGGUCCUGCUUCCAGAGGUAGUGCAUCAAACACUGGCUCCGGAGCUGGUCAUGCUUCUACACCUUCGGUCGGAUCUGGCAGAGGGUCGCCCAAUGUUUCGUCAACCGGCCCUCUUUCUCCUCCUAAUCAAUCGAAUCAACCUGCUCCUUUUUUGGUUGAUCCUGCACUGGAGAAUCCACGCCGACCCACCGAUGCUGUUCGAAAUGUGGACCUGCCUGCAAGUUCCUACGCAGUUGACAAUCUGGUGAGUACAAUUUCCAGUCUGCAACAAUCCAGCAUUCCCUUCUCUGCCUUGCCUCAGUCAUAA